AGAGAAAUGGCGUCUACUUCAUCUCUAACUCUAUCACAAGCUCUCUUGGCUCGAGCCAUUUCUCACCAUGUCUCAACCCAAUCCUCUGACCGUCUCUCUCUCUCCACACCUUCCCUCCCUGCCUUUUCCGGACUCAAGUCCACCUCUUCUUCCAUCCCACGCGCCACCUCCUCCCGCCGCAGUCGCCGCAACAGCAGCAUCCCCACCGCUCGCCGCCUCCAGACCCCAACCAGAGCAGCUGCCGUUGAAACUCUGGAUGUCACUACUGAUACUUCAUUGGUUGAGAAAUCUGUCAAUACAAUUAGAUUUCUUGCUAUUGAUGCUGUUGAAAAGGCCAAUUCAGGUCAUCCCGGUCUACCCAUGGGUUGUGCUCCCAUGGGUCAUAUUUUGUACGAUGAAAUAAUGAAAUAUAAUCCAAAGAAUCCUUAUUGGUUCAAUCGUGAUCGCUUUGUAUUGUCUGCUGGUCAUGGAUGUAUGUUGCAGUACGCUUUGCUUCACCUUGCUGGUUAUGAUAGUGUCAAGGAAGAAGACUUAAAGAGUUUCCGUCAAUGGGGAAGUAAAACCCCUGGGCAUCCUGAGAACUUUGAGACACCUGGUGUUGAAGUUACAACUGGCCCUCUUGGACAGGGUAUUGCCAAUGCUGUUGGUUUGGCACUUGCUGAGAAGCACUUGGCUGCUCGCUUUAACAAACCAGACAAUGAAAUUGUUGACCACUACACAUAUGCUAUUCUGGGAGAUGGGUGUCAGAUGGAGGGUAUUGCAAAUGAAGCUUGUUCCCUUGCUGGACACUGGGGACUAGGAAAGCUUAUAGCUUUCUAUGAUGACAACCACAUUUCCAUUGAUGGUGACACAGAAAUUGCAUUCACUGAGAGCGUGGACAAACGUUUCGAGGCUCUUGGAUGGCAUGUUAUUUGGGUGAAGAAUGGAAACACUGGCUAUGAUGAAAUUCGUGCUGCCAUUAAGGAGGCCAAGGCUGUGACAGACAAACCCACUAUGAUUAAGGUCACUACGACCAUAGGUUAUGGAUCUCCAAACAAGGCAAACUCAUACAGUGUGCAUGGUAGUGCAUUGGGUGCCAAGGAAGUUGACGCUACUAGGAAGAACCUUGGUUGGCCAUUCGAGCCUUUCCAUGUUCCAGAGGAUGUUAAGAAUCACUGGAGCCGCCAUAUUCCAGGAGGUGCUGCUUUUGAAGCUGAAUGGAAUGCAAAGUUUGCAGAGUAUGAGAAGAAGUACAAGGAGGAAGCUGCAGAGUUGAAGUCUAUCAUCAAGGGUGAACUACCUGCUGGUUGGGAAAAGGCACUUCCAACAUAUACACCAGAAAGCCCAGCAGAUGCUACAAGAAACCUGUCUCAGGCAAACCUAAAUGCACUUGCAAAGGUUCUCCCUGGUCUUCUCGGUGGCAGUGCAGAUCUUGCUUCUUCAAACAUGACCUUGUUGAAAAUGUUUGGGGACUUCCAAAAAGAUACCCCUGAAGAACGUAAUGUCAGGUUUGGUGUCAGGGAGCAUGGAAUGGGAGCCAUCUGCAAUGGCAUUGCACUUCAUAGCCCUGGCUUGAUCCCAUAUUGUGCAACAUUCUUUGUUUUCACUGACUACAUGAGGGCUGCUAUGAGAAUUUCUGCCUUGUCUGAGGCUGGAGUCAUCUAUGUUAUGACGCACGACUCGAUUGGUCUUGGAGAAGAUGGACCAACCCAUCAACCAAUUGAGCACCUGGCAAGCUUCCGUGCAAUGCCUAACAUCUUGAUGUUCCGCCCAGCUGAUGGAAAUGAAACUGCUGGUGCAUACAGAAUUGCUGUCCUCAACAGGAAGAGACCAUCUGUCCUUGCACUCUCCAGACAAAAGCUACCCCAACUUCCUGGAACCUCCAUUGAGGGAGUAGAAAAGGGUGGCUACACAAUUUCUGAUAAUUCUUCAGGAAACAAGCCUGAUGUUAUUUUGAUUGGAACUGGCUCCGAAUUGGAAAUUGCUGCCAAGGCUGCAGAAGAACUUAGAAAGGAGGGCAAGGCUGUAAGAGUUGUCUCCUUUGUGUCAUGGGAGCUUUUCGAUGAGCAAUCAGAUGCCUACAAGGAAAGUGUUCUGCCAGCAGCUGUAACAGCAAGAGUUAGCAUUGAAGCCGGUUCAACAUUUGGUUGGCAGAAGAUUGUUGGAGGAAAAGGUAAGGCUAUUGGAAUAGACCGAUUUGGGGCUAGCGCACCAGCUGGUAAGAUAUACAAGGAGUACGGCAUUACUGCAGAGGCAGUAAUUGCUGCAGCAAAAGAACUUUGCUAGGCUAGAUUAAAUCUUUUCAUCUGGGAUUUGGGUUGCGGAAUACAGGGAAGAGGCCAUCGCGAAGAGAGCUAAGCUAUUCGAAGAGUGGGUCUGUUUGUUUCAAUAAAGGAAAAACAAGAUUAAAUUUUCGUCUGUUGCUUUCAAGUUGAUCAAUUGAGCAACAUAAUUCAAAAGAGGAGAGUUGGAUUAUAAAUGUCUCGAGUUUGUAACAACUCUUUGGACCUAUCUUGAGUUUUGUAAUUUCUUUGUGUUUGUAGUGAGGUUGCCAAUUACUUAUUA